ACAGAAAAAUACACUUUCCACUGCUGUCAUGUCAUGUCACUUCAUUCAUUGAAGUGAUUGAAGUUGCAAAAAAAUGUCAACGAGCUUUGUGGUGUCGUAUUUGUGUGGUUAAAUGUAAUUCAUAAUAAAUCUAUUGACAAUAUAAUGUGUGACAAUGGCUUCGGUAAAAGUGGCUGUAAGGGUUCGCCCGUUCAACCAAAGGGAGAAGGACAUGAGCGCAAAACUCAUUGUCCAGAUGGAAGGAAAGAAAACCAGAUUACUAACUGUAAAAAAUAGCAAAGAGCAAAAUGAGGGCAACCGCGAGAAAUACAAGGACUUCACGUUCGACCAUUCGUACUGGUCGUUCGACCAUGCUGACUCACACUAUGCGUCACAGGAACAGGUGUUCUCUGACCUGGGCCUGGACGUGAUCGACAGCGCGUUCGAAGGAUACAACGCGUGCGUGUUCGCUUACGGACAGACCGGCAGCGGCAAGACCUUCACUAUGAUGGGCUCGCCUGAGUGCCAAGGCCUCAUCCCCCGCAUCUGCCGGCAGCUGUUCUCACGUGUGGCCGCGGGCAAGGAGUCCGGCGCCUCCUACCGCACGGAGGUCAGCUACCUGGAGAUCUACAACGAGCGCGUCAAGGACUUGUUAGCAUCGGAUGCGGGACAUUCAUUGCGUGUCCGCGAGCAUCCGAAACUCGGGCCAUAUGUGCAAGAUCUGUCGCGGCAUUUGGUGUCCGACUAUGAUGAUAUACAGGAAUGCAUGCACCGCGGCAACCUUCACCGUACAACGGCCUCCACACAGAUGAACGACGUGUCGUCUCGCUCGCACGCCAUAUUCACCAUCACGUUCGUGCAGGCCAGCUAUCUGCGCCACAACAACAUGCCCAGUGAAACAGUUUCUAAAGUCCAUUUGGUUGAUCUGGCUGGCAGUGAGCGAGCAGAUGCGACCGGUGCGACAGGGCAGCGACUUGUAGAAGGCGCGCACAUCAACAAAUCUCUCGUUACAUUGGGGUCGGUCAUAUCUGCACUUGCGGAGUCUAGCCAGCAGCCGGUAGAGAGUCGUAACCAAAAAGGGGCAAAGAAGGUGUUCAUUCCAUAUAGAGAUUCAGUUCUGACGUGGCUCCUGAAGGAUUCGCUGGGAGGAAACUCCAAGACUAUCAUGAUUGCUGCUAUAUCCCCCGCUGACUGUAACUACGGUGAAACUUUAUCCACCCUCCGCUACGCGAACCGAGCGAAGAACAUCAUCAACAAGCCGACCAUCAACGAGGACCCCAACGUCAAACUCAUACGAGAGCUGCGCGAGGAGAUCGAGAAACUGCGGGCGCAGAUAUCACACGAUAUGGAUCCCAUCGAGGCUGAACCAGCAGUACUCGCCACACUCCAACGCAAAGAAGCCCAAGAGAAAGUACUCACAGAAAAAUGGACGGAGAAGUGGCGGGAAACGCAACAGAUCUUACAAGAACAGAAGGCGUUGGGGCUAAGGAAGAGUGGGUUGGGAGUGGUGUUGGACUCCGAUAUGCCCCAUCUAGUGGGGAUAGAUGACAACCUGCUGUCUACUGGUGUUACUCUGUACCAUCUUAAGGAAGGUGAAACGGUAAUCGGCACAGAAGAAUACUCCCCGACACCAGACAUAGUCCUCUCCGGAGCAGGAGUACUGCCGCUACACUGCAGGAUCACAUUACACGAGGGUGUGGCGACACUCCACCCCGCGCCGUCUGCGCACUGCUGGCUCAACACUGUGCUGCUAGACAAGGCGGCUAAACUUAGCCAGGGUUGCAUCCUACUCCUCGGGCGCACCAACAUGUUCCGGUACAAUGACCCCGCAGAGGCAGCUAAACUGAGACAGGAAGGAAACGCUUCUGUCAUGAACUUGUCCCGGUUGUCUCUGCUCUCCUGGUCCACCACCGACUUGGCUGCUAGCACUGAGAACCUAAACACUACCCUAUCGGAUUUGGAAGGCGAGAUCCGGUGCGAGAGGAUAGAAGCUCAACGUGCGGAGUUAGAGCGAGAGAGGCAACAGUUUAUUCUGCAGCAAGAGGAACGGCAACGACGCUGGCAUAGAGAGAGGGAGGAGUUGCUUCAAGCGCAGAAGAAGUUAGAUGAGGAGCGAGAAGCGAUGGAGCGCGAAUACGCAGCGGCAUGCCGACGGCUAUCCGGCGACUGGCGCGCUUUAGAAAGAGGCUGGACGCACCGACGUCGAGCAUUACGGUCACGUCGACGAGAGCUCACUGCGAGAUCCGAGCGGUUACGAGCGCUGGCUGACACACAUACAAGAGCGGCGGACACGGAGGACUCGCAUGUGGCGGAUCUUCGAGCGCGCGUUGAGGAAAAACGCGCUGAACUUGAACGCGUACUUCGGGUGGAACUUGCGGCACAGGGCAUCACUGAGAGCCAAACUCCGAGUCCGUCAAGCCCGAUGUCUCCCAACUCUGAAACGUCGACCGAGAGCCUGAUGCACUUGCUGCAACAGUGUGAGCCCACCACCGCCGCCACCAUUCGCGACACCGUCGACAGACAUAAAAAAGAGCUACUUGAAUUGGAGGGUGAACUCCAAAGCCGGGUGGCUUCCGUAGCAUCACACCGUGUCAAGAUAGAAAGACUACAGGCUGAACUAGCGCUCUUAGGGACUCAAGACUUGGGGCUCAGACACGCGCUGGCUUCGGACCUCAGCCCUACGGACAGAAGAGAAGGUGACAACGAUUUGUCCCCUGGCGAAGGUGUGAAGAGAAGUAAAUCAGAAUUGGUGUUACGACACACGCCGCGAGAGGAGGCCUUAGAGCCACUGUCUGCGGACGAGAGGGAAGUGUUCAGAAACAAGCGGAUCAGCUUAAGCCUCAGCCUGGACCCUCUAGCAUCCCCCAACUCCCUCCCCACAGAUGAGACGUUCCACACAGCAACAUCAUCCCCACCCCCCUCUCUAACCACCCCCACAACGGAAGAGGUGUCCGCGCUGCCCAGCGAGCCCACGCCCAACUUCCGGCUCGGACCCGUGCCGGACGACAGCGACGACAUGUCCAGCACUGAGGACUACCAUAAGCCCAGGAUAGUGGAAGGGCAGUCAUCAAGCUCAGUAGAACGAUCGCCAGAAGAAAGGCAUCAGAGAGCGAAGAUCAGGAGGAAGAUUGCGUCAGAGGGCAAGUCCGGCCGACGGCAGGUGACCGAGGCAGAAGCGUUGCGCGUGAUGCAGAGGCUGUGCUCGCGUAUAGCGUCGCAGAAGAUGCUGGUCAUCUCCUCCCUCGAGAACGACUGCUCCAAGGAGGAGCUCAACCGACAGAUAGCGGUGCUACAAGACCUGCAAAAGAAGUACGUCCGUCUAGAGAUGGCCUUACAAUACUCGUUCUUUGACAACGGCAAGAGCAACGGACGCUCCACGGUCACUCCCAUACAAGAGAUGCCUUCGCUCACGCUGAGCGAAAGCGAUGUGCUCGCUGAUCCACCUAACGACAGGUUAAAAGACACAGAAAUCGAAGCAUCCGACAACGUGUCGACAUCCAACGACGAGACGGUAGAGUCCUGGGACGGCAUCGACGACCCUUUACGGCGCGCGGCGCGGACGCAUAUAGAGCCCGAGCCUAAUGGGAACGAGCUUAUAGUAGACUUGCCGACACCGGACCCUACGGCCACAGUCGGUCUUAUGCACCCCAUCGAUUUUAACUCGGUGGUGAGCAUCCCCGGCUGGGUGACGCGCGGCGCGGGCGCGUCCACGCACCACGAGUACGAGGUGCGCAUCCGCCUCGGGCCGCACCGCUGGGCGCUGCUGCGCCGCUACCGCCGGUUCCGGGACCUCUACCUCGCCAUGCGGCGGACAUACGGACCUAAGGUGGCCUCGAUCCCGUUCCCGUCGCGGCAGCUGUGGCAGUCGGAGGCGGUGGCUCGGGCGCGGCGCGGCGCGCUGGAGGCGUUCCUGCGGCGGCUGCUGGCGGUGUGCGCGCAGGACCGCCGCUGCCCGCUGCACUGCGCGCCGCUCACGCCGCACGCGCUCGUCUCCUUCUCGCCCUUCUUCCGACGGGGCGUGUUCGAGUCGGGCAAGUGCGGCACGGGCUGACGGCGCGCGGAGCUCGCCGCGGCGCGCGCGCUGCUGGCGUGCGCGCGCAGCCUCGCCGCCGCGCUCGCGCUGCUCACCGCGCAUGCGCUCGCGCUGCUGCUGCUGCUGCUCUACAUGCUCUACCGGAGACUCAGGUAGCGGGAGAGACCAGGGGAUUAUACAGAGAUAAAUUACUGCGCGCGGUUCGUGGUUCUUGCUUGUGUAACGUGCACGUGGUGCGACGCGAGCUACAUAUGCGAACGUACUCAACGAAUGAAUUUAGUCGUAAAGUAACGCUUUAAUUUUGCAGUUGGGUGUACAGUAAGCUGCAGAGAUAAGUGAACCCCUCGGCAUAAAAACUUGUUUGCAGGGGGGGUCACAUAUUUCUGCAACUUACUGCAAUGUACAGUGGCGUUCAAAAGUGCAUGAAUAGUUGCCGGCCGUAAUGCCUUAAUAUUACGGUUGAAACAUCUCCAUGCGCUUUUGAACGCCAGUGUACAUCGUGCACUGAACUGGCGCCGACUACUUGCUCAAGCAUAUUGCCGCGAUGCGACCACGCUCACGAUGCCAAUAAAUUGCACAGAUGCCUCAACAUGCGCAAGUUACAUACACCAUUAAUUUAAAGAAAGAUCAGAUCGCAUUAUCUCCCACGGAUGAUCACUCAAAAACAAUGAAAACGGAUAAUUUUUAUCAAUUCCCAUACAUCAUGAUCCGUUUCCAAUGUUCUUGAGAGGAUAUAUUAAUCCCCUUUGUCGAAUGAAAAUAAUAAGCAGCAAGCGCGACGCAGUGUGAUGCCGCGGACCACGGGUGCCUUCCUAUUUAUACUUUGUUGUCCAAGUAUCCAAGUCUGGACCAAUAUGUGAUCUGUGCUGCUGUUGUUAAGGUUUACUUUUGAAUGGGCAGGCCACUAUGACUAUUGGUCAGAUUUGGAAUUGUGUUCUUUAUGUUUUAUGUUAGAACGAUCGGACAUGGUAUUGUAUGCUUUGUAAUAUAGUAAAAUCGGUAAUAAAA